AGUACUUAGAAGCAUAUGAGAGAUACAAAUAAUUUCUUCGGCUCCACCUUCUUAAACCUCUUAACCCUAUCACCACCUCUGUCUCCCAAACCAUGAAUUUCAGAGCUUGUCCUCAACCAUCGCUCUCAUCAAGAGUACCUCAUUCGCCUUGCUCCCUCGAUGUGGCCAAUUUUGAUUCGGGUGCCAUUCUCUGCAUUUCUACGUUAUCCCAGAAAUGGAAGUAGGAUUUAACUGGCCUUUUAUAUCCAGACAUUUCUGGGAUAUCUGCUUCUUGAAGCUGACAUAGAAAAUAUUUGAGAAUAUGUCUGGAUGCAAUAAAUUACCUAAAAAUGAUCAACAGUCAAUCAAACGUAGGCGGAUUCAACGUGGAGGGGCAUCCUUUGAGACUGAUCUUUCUUGUGUUGAUUAUUCGCCUCCCCUAUCCAACAAUGAGAAUAAGCAAUGCUACAGACAGAAGUCUCCUCCGAUACUGAGCACAGCUCAGCUCAUCUCUGCAAUAGACCAGAUAUGGGAUUCUGCAAGUCGCCCUCUUUCAUUUUUACUCUCAAAGAAAAAUGUGAAUCAGAACGAUAAAGGGUUCCUUGAAGAUAAGAUUCUGGAUGGCAUUGAUGAGAAAAAGAAUGGCCUGGUCUAUACUUCAAAUAACACUAAUUACUAUUCUGUUUCUGGGAGUGGUUCGCAGAUUGUACAGGAAAAGUUGGAUUUCCCCAAGGUAACACAAAAAAUGUUAGUACUUGAAUCUUCUACUAAUGACAGUCAAGAUUAUACUCGUUCUUUAUUCCAGAGAUUUUCGCAGGCUAGGGAUAGAAAUUCAAAUAAAGAUUGGAAAGAAGUGGAACUUGGGAGGGAGGAAAUGUCAUAUAGAUUAGGAAAUGUAUAUUGGUGGGUUAGUAGGAAUGGUCCAAAGACACUAAACAAUCAUGUGAAUGUUACCCUGCCUGAGAACCUUGAAAUUAAUUAUCCCAUUGCUAAGGGUGGCAUUUCAAUAGAUACAAGCACCCCUGCAUUGGCUAAUGAGAGUGAUGUGUGCAGUCCUGAUUUAAUCACGCAUGAAACUCAAUCAUUGUCUAAUGAUGCAAUCCUGAACACAAGAAAAGCUAGCCCUCUGUGUUCAGACUAUUUUCUUCAAGCUGUGCCUGAUACUAAGGCAGAUGUCAGUGCUUGUCAGACCCUUUCUUCUAGUAUCUGUACAGAUUAUCAUAUUAACUCUUUAGCUACCUGUAGUACUGUUUCUGUACAAGGCCAACAUGAGAUUGAUGAUAACAAAUCACUGGAAAUUCAAAGCAGACAUUUCUCAGAUAUAACUAAUGAUGAUCAGAAGCCUCAUUAUUCCCAAGCAAAGCAAGAACACGCUUUUUCUGGGGCAUUGGCUGGUGUAUGUGUCAGCCUUUGUUUGCAUCCCGUUGACACAAUUAAGACAGUUAUUCAAUCUUGCCGUGCAGAACACAGGUCCAUCUUUUACACUGGCAAAUCAAUUGUUUCUGAUAGAGGUUUGCUUGGACUAUAUCGUGGUAUUACCACAAACAUUGCGUGUUCAGCUCCAAUUUCUGCAGUUUAUACUUUCACCUAUGAAUCCGUUAAAGCAGCUUUGCUUCCCUAUCUUCCAAAGGAGUAUCAUUCUUUUGCCCAUUGCGUGGGAGGUGGUUGCGCAAGCGUUGCCACCUCUUUCAUUUUUACUCCCAGUGAGCGAAUAAAGCAGCAAAUGCAAGUUGGGUCUCAGUAUCGCAACUGCUGGGAUUUAUUGGUUGGAAUUAUCAGAAACGGUGGUUUUUGCUCCCUAUACACAGGUUGGGGAGCUGUACUGUGUCGGAAUGUUCCACAUUCAAUUAUCAAGUUUUAUGCAUAUGAAAGCUUGAAGCAAGUGAUGCCAUGUAGUAUUCAACCCAACACGUUUCAGACUUUAGUGUGUGGAGGAUUAGCUGGAUCUACUGCUGCUUUAUUCACAACUCCUUUUGAUGUAAUCAAGACUAGAUUACAGACACAGAUUCCUGGAUCUGCAAAUCAAUAUGAUAGUGUUCUCCAUGCCCUUUACAAAAUUAGUAAGAGUGAAGGCUUGAAGGGCCUUUACAGGGGGUUGACUCCACGGUUGAUUAUGUACAUGUCUCAAGGAUCACUGUUCUUUGCUUCAUAUGAAUUUUUCAAGAGGGUCUUUUCUCUGGAAGCAUCGCAUCCCACUGAUUUAUGCAUUCAGAACGAAUGCAUGAAUGUUGAAGACAGAAAGAACUUAGAAUUAACAGGUCCAUCGUAGAGAAUGUUCCAGCAGCAGCUUCCCCAAGUUUUGAUAGUUUGCAUUCUUGAUAACUCAAUAGUGUGGAAAAAAAGGUUUAAUGGUGCCACAAGGAGCAAGCAGGUUCAUAAGCUUUUUUUCAAUGAAAAAUGUAUUAUUUAAAAAGCAUGAAUUAUUGGUCCCAUAGGUUAGAGGGAG